ACGCAUGCGCUAGUGUGCUCUCCAUUGGCAAGUAAAGCUGUGGCGUUCAUGCCGUCGAAUUGCAGGCGUAUUUAUCUUCGUUAAAACCUCGGACUUAGCCGCCGUGUCGUACCUCUCUAACUGUUGUAUCGUUGUUUUAUUUGGCUACAAUUUAUAGCGCAAGAUUUGUCAGAAAUAGUACGAGAAAAAAGUGCAAUGAGUGCUUCACGAGUUGUAGGAUGUCACUGGAAAAGCUACCCGGGAGGACCCGUCGCUACACUCAGCUCUGUGGGAAAAGAAACGAGAAAGGAGUAAAAGGUUGAAUUUAGAAAGUAGAAAAGGCGAGAAAACUAUAACGUCAAUUACCCAUACUUUCUCUGGAGGAGAUUCGAAAUACGAUGGAAAACGAGAAAAGUGACUCCACUUCUUCCACAGAUCUCUAUAUAAAAGUAUCUUUAGAAUCAACUGUCUUUACAGAGAAGAUCCUUCCCAUUCUACACAGAUGUUAUAUGAACCCUGAGUCUGAAAAUGUUUUUACAUAUGACGAGACAUAUUUAGUACAAAAUCAAAAACUUUUGGAAAAGUAUAAUUCUAAUCGAGCUGAAAAACAGCAGAAGGGAUAUAGUGAUGAAGAACUGAAGGAGUCAUUUGGCUUCAUUUUGUGCAAAAAUGAAACUCAGGCAAAGCUACUUUGUGAGACUGGUUUGAAAGUUGGAAAUGGUUCUUUUUCUACAUUAGGAGAUCUAAAUAAAGGUGUUUAUGUUUCUAAGUACUCGGAUUGCUUACAGCCAAAACCUUGGUGCCAUGGAAAAUCUGGUUACAUUGUCAUUUUCCGUCUAGUUAAGGGAAAAGUAAAAGCAGUCACAGAAAACUACACUAAUAAUUUGACUCAACCAGUACCAGGGUAUGACUGUCAUGUCUCUGAGAAUAUUGACACAGUGUGUUCCCGAACAAGUUCCUUUCAAGCCUUUGAAUGCACCCAGUAUUAUGUAUAUGAAAUUCAGGAUGGUAAAACGAUGAUGAUCCCCAGCCAACUUUGUCCAUAUGCAGUAGUUCACUUUUUGUACACAGAAUCCACAUUAUCAAUGACCUCUGUAAAAGAACAAAUAUCUAAUGAAGUCCAAAGGGGUUUCAAUCUUUGGACUGGCCAACUUACAUUAAAAGACAGCUCUGUGGUUUAUCCUGUAACUUUAAAGUCCCUCAAAGGCGCCUUCUUUCCUACCAAACUACCAGCAGAAAUUAUCAUCAACAAUGUCAUUCGUAUAUGUGAUUUGAAGACCAUAUUACCUCAAGCUGUAUUUGACAAAGAAAGUUAUACUGCAGAUGAAGCUUGCAUAAGUGAAAUCUACUGCAGUUUGUAUGAAGUGGUCACAUCUAAAAAUAAAGGUUGCAAGCUUCAUGUGUUAUCUCAAGAACUGAAAAAUAAAGACUUGGCACUUGUUAGCAGUUUAAAUGAUAAUGGAAUACUUGUAUUAUUGACAUCUUCAGCGUUUAAUGUUUACAAAGAACAAAAAUAUGAAAAAGGUCUCGUGCUGUAUGCCAUUUUUAUAUUCCCUGCUUCAAGAGCAAUUCAGAAAGAUUUGAAUUCUUCGUAUUUUUUACAGAAUUCAGGGAGUGAAAUAUGCCCUAAUGUAAAUCAAAUUCUGCCAGCCCUUAAAUAUGCAUUAAGGAAAUCUGCAGAAUACUGCCAUCAUCAAGGAAGUUCUCUCUGUGAGACACUGGAAUACCGUUUACAAAACUAUAUGGCAGUAACAGAAGAACCACUAUCUUCUGCAUGUAUAAAAGAUGCAAACUUUUUUGCUGAGCAGUGUGAUAUUUCUCCAGUUCAAAAUCAACUAUAUAAGUCAGUGAAAUGUCCAGAAGUUGCCAUUUCACAUUUAGAAUCUUACUUUCGUGAUCCCCAUGGGUACCAUUUUCUUGUAUCAAAAAUUAAUGAUUUAUGCCAACAGAUCAGUUCUGACAACAAAAAUGAUUAUACAAGUAGCUUCUUUUCUCAUGUUAAGUCAUUAGAGACUACAGAGAACGCAGAAUAUUCCAUUAAUGUUCACAAAUUGACAUUAAGAAAAGAAGUUGAUAUUCAUAACAAUAGUUUUAACACUGUUCAGGAUUUACAGCCGCCAGAUGUCAAGCAGAACCUUGAUGUAUGUACUAAUGCAGGAAAAAUAACAGAAGAAAUAGUAAGCAGUAAAUGUAAUAUUAUUCAACAAAACAUGGUAGAUCCUCUUGGUGAUAUUGCCAUGAAUCACGAUGAAGAGGUAGAUUUUGGAAUGGAUUUGACAGAAAGAUGCAACAGUGCUGAGGACUUCAGCAACCUGUUAGUGCCAAUAGUUCCACAUGCUGCAGCAAGUAGUAGUGUGCCUCUCACAAAAUCAGUAAAAGGUUGCAGUCUACAGAAUGAAAAGUCAGUGGCAUCUGUUGAUGGUUCUUUAUCUGCUAGUUUAAGAAGCAAUAAAAUAAUCAAAAAAUGUUAUCAAAAAAGCAAUAGAAAUCUUGAAAAAAGUCUAGAAAAUGCAGCUGUCAGAGAACCUCAUAGUUCUGUCUCUGAAUUGUGUCAACCUAAAAAAAAGGUUAAAAAUGAUUGUUUUAAAUUAAAGCUAAAAGAAAUUACCACUAAAUGUGGAAAGGUUUUUGUGCCACAUGGCUCAAAAUUAUUUGAAAAUAAUUCUAAUUCCUUAAAGCAAACAAAGGAAAUAGAAAAUGAUUCUAAUUUAAAUUUGAAACAACAAAAAUCUAUAAUCGCAAGUGAAAUUCUGCCAAGAACUGGGGAUAUUUUGCUAGAUCCAGUUAUUGCACAACAUUCAGCAAAUGAUGAUGUAGAGAAAGAAAGUGGUACCAGUGAGGCAGACCUUAGGCGUCAUGGACAUUACCAGGAACCUAAAGAACUUAAGUCAAAGCAAAGAUUUAAUGGUGCUAUUCUUAAUGAGAGUUGUUGUGGAAAAAGAAAGAGGCCACCAAUUCAUGCAAAACACAAAGCUCCUGUCAUAGAUGGAAAACUGAAUACUUUGCAGAGGAAAGCAAAACAUAAAAGGAAAAUGCAGUCAAGUAAUAUUACGUUACAAUGUGAAAACACCAUCCUUCCACACAAUGUGAAUAUAUUAAACAACAGUAAAGAUGCAGCAAGGAUGUCAAAAAAGCAAAUGGAAGUGCAGUCAAAAUCCUCUGAGAGGAAAAGAAGAGCUGGAGCAGCUCAUCCUAAUUCACAAUCUGCCACUGGCCUGACGAGUGGCACAGAAGAAACUACAGAUUCUUUGUACUCACGUGACUGUGAUAUAAAUACUCACUUAAAAAAACAAAAGGUGAUAAAAACAACAAAGGGAAGUGUAAACAAUAAGAACAGGAAAGUGGAGUAUAUAAAGGAAAAAGGUUUGGGGCUUUCAAAAAAACCACAUGAUCCCAGAAAACUUGAUUAUAGACAACCAUUAUCUAAAAAAAGUGCAUCCAAAAUUGACACCACUGUAGAUGAAAGUGGUGAUGUUUGUCAUUCUUCAGAUGCACUUAACCUCUUGGCAGAUUUAGCUCUUAGCUCAAGUAGCAGAAGUACUAAUAAAGAAGAAAAUUUGCAGAAAAACAUCCUACCUUGUGACUGCCAGCUAAAGUAUAGUAAAGACUCGUAUGAAAGCAGUUCAACAAGUGAAGAAAUGAACAGUUCUGCAAAAAACUGUGUUGAAGAAUCUGGUAAGAAUGAAAGACCUCUCAGACUGUAUUUAGAGGAUGGGCAACAUGAGACUUUAUUGCCCUCUCCUGUUGAUAUCUGGAAGGAGCACUCCUAUAGCUUACCCCCACAGAUGCCAGCAUUGAUUUCCUCUGGCAUUACAGAGUUACCACAACAAAAUACUGAAAGACCCUGUGAACAUGAUUUGGAUGGUGGAGUUGCUUGUCAAGAAGAUGUUUCCUUUUCACAAAGUACAAAGGAAAAAAAUUUAAGUGAAAAAUUUUGCCAGUCACGGAUUUUCUUUAAAGAGAAUGGAAAAUAUAAGGUGAAGCGAGAAUGGAAUGAAGCAUAUGAUUUUGACUUAGAUAGCAAAUAUACUAAUGAAACCUUGGAUAAAACUGUGUGCCGUGCUCUCCAUGGAUCCUGGGAUUUGAAUAUUGAGGAGACAUACGAGGAAAUACAUCUGAUUCUUCAUGUGUGGAUAGGCCUCUUUUACAGCAGACCUACAAUGAGGUUUUUCCAGGCCGAUUUCAAUCCAGAUGAACCAGAAUUACCUGAAACAGCAAUACAAAGGUCAUCACUGAAAAACUCCAACCAUGAAAAUGAAAUUGCCCAGGGGAACUUGUCUGUUAUCCAAAAAUCUGUGCAGGAAACAACUGAUAAACCAAUGAACCCUAAUGCAUCACAAAAUGAAGAUGUCAGUCACUCAGAUGAAGACCAAGGAACUAUAGAUUUUAACAUUCCCAAAGCUAAAAAUUUAUCUCCAGUGACCAAUGGGAUGGAGUUUUCUGAAGCUUUGUAUAAGGAUAGGUCCAUGGAUAUCUUGGAGAGAAGUGAAUCUGAAGUGCAACAUACAAACUGUAACAUUAACCUAAGUGAGGCAGAUGUAUCUGCAAAUGUGGCCUGCAGUGUGAGUGCGAAUGCAUCACAAAAUGAUGAGAUCAGUCAGAUGUCAGACAAAACUGAAUAUAGUGCUGACUAUGGCGAUGUGAAGAAUUUCAACAAUAAUCUUGAGACUUUUGAGAUGAACCGUAAUGAAGAUAAAAAACGUGUAUUUUUUAGUGAUGCAGCAAGUUCUUGUCAGUCUAGAAGUAAAUUACUGAUGAAGUCAAAAAUACAUACUGAAACAGUACAUGAAGAAGAAAUACAGAAUGACCAAGACCUGAAUGCUACUAUGACCCUUGUACAGUCUGGAAAAUUAAAUGGUGAACUUCUAUGUACUUCACAUUCUGCUGACCCACUGCUACAUAAAAUGAACAAUCAAGGUUUCAUUAAUUAUGUUUCUGAAGCUAACAAAGAAGAUAAUUUCACUGAAUGUGGACAGGAAACUGAAAAUACUUCUGAUAAUCUUACUUUAAAUAAUCCUCAGGAUACUAUUCCUCAGAACAUGAGCGAUAACAUUUUUAUAGAAACACAUGACAGGCAGACAAAUUUAGGUGAUGUCUUAUCCAAUUUAGAACUAAAAGCUACAAGUUUGUGUUCAAUAGAUGACAGUGAAGGACCUUCCUGUAGUGGUUUGCACAAACUCGGCAAUAAACACAGUUGUAGUGAUGCUGAAUGCAAGCUCAUUAGUACUCCAGACAUUCCUGAGAUGAAUGGACUUUGCAGCUACACUCAUAAUAUCUCACUUCUAAGUCCUUCUAAUGAAUCUUGCCAGAAAUGUGAAAGCCUUGUAGUUGAAGACAAAAGUAUCAAUGCAGUUGAUUGUGUGAGCCAGAACAAGAGUGUUUCAAAAAGUCCAACUAAGCCAGUUGAAAUUGCAGAUAAAGAUGCACUGAUUGUAUCAAGCAUUGAGGAGAAACAAGAGUCUGCUAGUCUGAUAUCCUUCCAGAGUAAGUUGCAUCCUGCUGAAAAUAAAGAAAAAGUUGAUAUGGAAGAAUUAGAAAAUGCAAUUGGUAAUACAGCUUUUUAUGAACACAGUGACACAUUCAAUCAGCCAGAAAAUGAUGUACAUGUUGAAAAAGUAAACAUUGUUGAGUCGAUUAGAAAAGAAAGAAGAGAUACUUCACCUCAAUCAUUGACAAAAAGUAGACAGACAGAUUUCAAGCAUUACAUGCAACAUACUCACUCAAACAAGUCUGUGCAGGAAAGAGAAAACUACAUUUCAAACAUCGAUUCACUAGUUCCUGUUACUGAUUGUUGGGGAAAUAAGAAAUGCUAUGCAAAUUUUUCAGUUGUUAAAGACAGAGAGAAUGCUGGAGCAGAUAUAAAAUUACAAAGAGACAGUUGGCCUUUUGCAAAAUAUUUUGAAUACAUUAAAGACCAAAAUGUGUACAAUGAUAAACACAACCUUACUCAGGAAGCCCUAAAUAUGGAAUAUUUACAUUUUUCUGACUGUUUAAAAAGAAUACUUAAAAAUUCUAAGGACUGUGUGCCUUCAAAGAGAUCAUUAUAUGGGAAUAAAACGAGCUUUUUAAGGCGCUCUUCCUGGAGGAAAUAUACAAAUUCAUUUUCAGAUACACCCUCAGAGUUGGAUGAUGACUCUAAUAACUCUUCUGCAACAUAUUUGUCUCCUUCACAAACUCUGCAAAUUACUGUGAACGUGUCUCGGAAAUCAGAAAUUGAUGAAAAUAACAAAAGCAUUAAAUCUUUUAAUUCCCCAGAGUUUCCACUAAAGAAACGCCCCAUAGAUGAAGACAUAAAAGGAGAACGUGAAUUUUGUAACAUGGAUACAGAAAGAAUGGAUUCACAUUCACCCUUUAUUAAGAAGCUCAGUCCUGGCAUUAAGUUACAUGAACCAGUGUUCUACAUGUACCCUCCAAGGCAGCAUAACUAUGUAAAAUUUAAAAACUCAAGCAAAGGAUAUCCUGGGUCACUGAAAAAAAUCAUUGACAGUUUGUGUAACAGUCUUCAUCAUAACUUCAAUAAUGUACUGAAUGAAUCUCUCAAGAAUAAUUUAAGGUUUUUUAUUCUUGAGACAAAAACGGAUGUUUUCUUUGAAAACAUGAAGGAGGUACUCAAGAAUGCAGGGCUAUAUGAAAUACAAAUUGAUUUUUUUGAUCAGCUGGAUCAAUGCUUACUUUUUCCCAUAAUCAUUAUAAUUAGAAAUGAAGACAUCUCCACAUAUGUUCACACGAUUCCACAUUUGUUGAAACUUAAGAAGACACCAAAUGUUUCAUUUUCCGGAGUUGACAGUGUUGAUGAUGUCCUAAAUUUCAACUCCCAGGAGCUCUUUAUCAGAGGAGGCUUUCUUGUUUGUGAUGGAGAGUUAUUUCGUAGUCUUAGAUUAGAACACUUAAAAGAAAUAUUUUAUAUUUUGGAUGAGCUUAAUAAAAAGGAAAAAUGGAAGUGGUUGUUCCAUUACCGAGACCAGAAAAUACUUAAAGAAAACGGAAGAAAUAAUUCUACAGACCAUGCAAAGAAAUACUUCAUGGAUUUCUGCCAGGAGGCUGGCAUUGUAGAUGUCCUUCCAUACCAUGACUGUGACCUUAUAUCUCAAGACCGGCCAAUGUACUUGGAAUGCAUGCAGCGACUACAAGUUCAGUACAUUGCUUCACGAUUGGCAGUAUUUUUAACAGAUACACCAGAUGAACGCUUUGAAAAAAGUGGAAUUUUAACAUUGGACAAAAAUACAUUUUUUGCACAAUUUAAAAAAAAGUAAAGGCUCUGAUUCCAGUAAGGCAUCACUGUCUGCCCUUCAGCAUUUCAGAAUUGUGUGAAACUCCAAAGCACAGUGUAAUGUCCCCCUCUGUGGGACUUGAAUCUCUUUAUGUGGAGAGUCUUACUGUUUUUACUUAUCAAUGGUUGGCUGCUACUGCUAAAACAUAUACACCUCACCUUUACUUUUACAAAUAUGUAACAUUUUACUGUGACAAUAAAACAUGUUUAGUAGUUUCUGAGUAAGUUAUAUUUAUAGUACAGGUGGCUGUUUAGGAUGCUUUGUAAAAUACUGAAUUCUAGUUUUGUGUAUUUUGUAUAGUGUACAAUUAACUAUUUAAUGACUCCAUUUUGUACAUCUAAAAUGUAUUUACUGUUAGGAUGACAGGAUGUUGUACGAAAUUGUAAAAUAAAACCAUUUUGAAAUUAGCACUGGUAUUUACCCCCCCUUUUUUUGCCCCCAAAGAUAGGCAAUGGGGGAUGCCAACCCAGUUUAACG